ACUCAACAUGAUGAAAGCGAACCCUUUGGAUGAGCCCUCUCGCUGUCCUGGCAAUCGGUCGCGCAGCCUACGGCGGUGUACCAUCGGCAGCGCCCGCUGGUUUCCGCUUGAUACGGAUUUGAUUCUCGUGGUUAAAAGGCAUGUCCGACAGUGAGCCGACAGAGGAGACCGCCCUCCUUCAGGAUACUGACACAACCUACCGACUUUAUUCGGGGUCCACGAUGGAAGGUCCUCCGAUCGUGAUUUCGGAGGUGAGAGAUUCGCAGGAGUCUAUUGAACGCGAGGCGAAACACAUCGUAGAAGCAUGCCUUCUAGCGGCCCGGAGUCGGGAGCAUACAACCACUAGCUCACAAUUUACGGUGAGACCGUACUUCGGUCUUGGAAAUCUCGUGAAUGCGAACAAUGUGAACGCCUUAGUGGAUGCCAUCAUCAACCAGUUCCUGAGUCGCGAAGAAAUACAGAAAUUGAUCAACCCUCUGCGGAUCGAUAAAGUUAUACCCCUCGACGACAAAGGCAAUCAUGUCAGUGAUAUUUUGGUCGAAGGCCUGCUCUCCUUCGGCAGGACUGGUGAUGCCAUCCUUUCAGUCCUCGAAGAUGGAUCUAUCUCGAUCGAGGCGGCCAUGGGUGUCACACGUCCUCUAGUCAGCUUGAACUACGCCUACAACGCAGGAUUAUGCUUCAACUUCAAGGGCGAAGUGGGCGCCUUCCUUGAGAAAAUCUCAAUUUUUUUGAGAAUUGAUGUCGUAGGUUUCCAGCCUUCCUUGGGCGAAUUCGACGUCGAACUCGACGAUCCUCAAGUACAGAGAUUCACGGGUGCCUCAUGCGCUUUUAACUGGCUCGCAAAAUUCAUCGCCAACAAGAUCAUCGGCAGCCGGAAAGAAGAAAUACGGCAGCAGAUAGUCACCCAGGGUCGGGAACAGCUCGGAGAACUGCUAGGCAAAGUUGACAUAUUCGGCUUGAUAAGCGGAAGGAUCCCAGUCGGAUAACUUCAUCGCUGACGGUCAAACCCUUGAAUGGCUCUUGUUCAGAACGAUCUCCGUAUGAAGAUUUGGAUAAGAUGUCCGCGAGAUAUCACGCACCACGGCACACCAGAGACUCUGUCGGCGCAAUCUGGGAUCGUUUUCGGGAUGGAGGAGCCUGCUGGACUCGCUCACGUGUCUUCGCAAGCUGCGAAGCUGGAAUCGUACCUGGAGCGAUUCGUAAGAAUUCCAAGCAAAGCCGAGAAACAUAAAAUCG